CAUUCAACAAACAGCCGUUAAACCUUUUAGUACUUAUUCUUAAAUAAAACUUCAUUGUCCAUUAUUCUUAAGUAAAACUUCAUACGUAUAAAAAUAUUUAUAAAACCUAUUAAAAUGGAUGAAAAUUUGACAAAAGACAACAAUACAAUCGAAAAUUUGUGGAAGUACAACGGUGAACUAAAUUAUGUGAAUCAAUGGAUGUUUAUGAAUACGCCGUUCCCUUUAAUUAUAAUAACUAUUGCGUAUCUAUUGUUCGUAAUCAAAAUUGGUCCAAAGUUUAUGAAAAACCGGCCACCAUUCGCUUUAAGUAAUAUUCUUAUUACUUACAAUGCCAUACAAGUUGCCUAUGCUUUAUAUUUGUGCUAUAAUGGCACACAACUUAUAUGGCAAAAUGGCUUAUUAGGAAAAUCAUGUUUAAUGGAAACCCCAGAAAGUCGUUAUAUUAUCACUUCAAAAACAUACAGUUAUUUUUUUGCAAAAAUCACUGAACUCCUAGAUACAGUAUUCUUCGUUCUACGCAAGAAAGACAACCAAGUUACGUUUCUCCACGUCUACCAUCAUUUAACUGUAAUGUGGUGCACUUGGUUCAAUCUCAAAUACGAACCAUCUUAUAGCACUGUAUUUUUGGGCACUAUAAAUUCCUACGUCCACGUCAUCAUGUACACCUAUUAUGGGCUGUCCACUAUUCCUGAACUGGCGAAGAAAUUAUGGUGGAAGAAAUAUAUAACUUCUUUGCAAUUAGUUCAGUUUGUGCUGAUGUUACUUCAGGCAGCAGCUAGUGCUAUCUAUCCAGGAUGUCCACCAUCUUACACAUUAAUGAUAAUGAUAUACAUAAACGCUUCGUUAUUUAUUUAUUUAUUCGGUAAAUUUUACAUUAACUCGUAUUCAAAUCCGAAGGACGCUAAAUCUAAGGUCGAGUCAGAUGUAAAUCGCUACUACAUUGAAAAGAUUAAAUAAAAUUAUUGUUAAAACUA